UGAAAGCUUAGUUUAUUCUAAAUUUCGCUCUGCCUCGGCGUGAUCCAACAGUAGCAUCGUAAUUUUGGGUAAAGCUAUUGGGAUUAGGGAUAUGGUACCUAUCUUUCAAGGUUGGGAUAUCUACGAAGUUUACUUGUUGUUCUAAUUCAGAAAGGGUAUCAUCGUCAAUUUGGUAAAUCCCAAAUUGGUUUUGUCCCGCUAGAACAGAAUGAAGCGAAUCUAGAGAUUCUUUGAUUUUUGCAAAAGGUGGCCCAUCCAUCGAGUCAACUCUCCUUCCUCGCUCUACGUCCAUCAUUUCGUAGGAUCUACCUGUAGCUACAUUCUUUAUCAAACGCUUUGUAUUUUCAGGGUUCCUGGUACUGAAGCUCCCUUCACUGGCUGUAUCAAGCGUGAUUUGGUAGUGCAAGUUAAUACCUCCGUAAAAGGUAUUAAUGAGUUGUGGUUUUGAAUAACCAUGGUGGGGACAUUCAAGUUGAUAGCUCUUGAAUCUCUCCCAUGCGUUUCUGAAUGAUUCCCGUGGACCUUGACGGAAUGUGGAGAUUUUCUUCCUUACAUCCCAGUAACACGCCUCAUCGAAGAAUUGAUUAAUGAAGGUAUUCCUCAUCUCCUUCCAGCAGGUUAGAGAACCCGUAGGUAGUUGGUCUAGCCAUUUUCUGGCAUCGCCUUCUAAGAAGAAUGGAAAGAUUUUACAGCGAUUGUACUCGUCAUCCAUCAUAUCUUCUAAGUAUUCGAUGUGAUCGUGUGGGUGUUCUGUGACGGUUCCACGGAAAGGGUUUUGACGUACCAAGACUAAGUAUUCGAGGCUGACCCCGGAUUUCUUGGUACCAUCUUUUGGUAAUUUAAUGGCGGACCUAUUGGAAUAGGUCCUCCCAGGGUUUAAGUAGUCUUGCAGAGGUAAUUUUAUUUCAUGAUCUCGUUUUGAGAUCAAAUUAAUUUUAACAGGGAUUGCAGUCCCCUGUUCAUUCAUGAUUGAGUUAAUUACAUUGCUUAGUUUACCUUUAGGUUCUCCUAGGACUACUCCCUCAUUAGUAUUAUAGGUAAGAGAAAACUUACCUGCUUCCGGCAGGGUGUCGAUCGAUGUUUGAUGUGCGCCGUCGAUCGAUUUUGCCGUCGACUUGUUGCUCGAUGUUGUUGUUGUUUCGUUGAUCGAUAUCCGUCCGAAAUUCAUAUCUUCCAUCUUUAAGUUACUGUGUCGGCAGGAAAAGAGGGAAGACUUUUAGCAAAUUUAGUAACAAAAUCUAGACUGAAUUCUAAACGUAAUAUAAUGGUAAUAAGAAAGAGUCCCAGGCAACGGCGCCAAAUUUGAUAUCACUCAAAUUACCCUAAGGAGUGAAUUACUCUCUCAAAUAAGAGGUUCAGAUGUAGUACUUAGGGAUCAAAUCAACAGAGACUCUAGGAUUACACAAUAGAUUAUGGUCUUGAAAUAAAUCUAGAUUAAUUGGUUUAUAAGUUUUAAAGCAGAAAAUGGAUUUGUGAGCAAGUUUAUUGCUCGAUUGAUUUGUUUUGAGGUUGUUAACAGUUGGGAGAAUAGCUAGAUUCAUGUAUAUUCUCAGGUACGACAAGUAAAACUUAAAUUGGGUUUUUAGGGUUUAUUGAUAUUAAUUGUUCUUGAAUUCAAAAUAAGAUAUAAUCAAUCUGAUUAUCUAAUCUAGAUCUCGGAUUUCAAUUCUCGUAUGUCAAUCACGAGAAAGUGUCAAUCGAUGAUUCAUUACAAAUAUCAAUCGAUACACCUUUCAAAAUAUUGAUCGACAGGGCUAUCGCUGCGUCGAUCGAUGCUUCUUCCAGAAAGCUUUACGGACAGGUUUAAUUUAUAUUCUCUAACUCACUAGAUCAACUCUCGUCUGUAUCUAGUCAGUUAGAUCAUACUAGUUUAUUUUCAGGUAUUGAGUCAAGCAAUGACUUGAUCUCAAUUAAUCCUAAGAUCUAAGUUUAAAUGGUGAUCAAUCCUAAACUUAUGAAGAACUAUAUUUUUAAACACCCUAACAAUUGUUUGUAUCAGUAAUACAUUUAUCAACCUAUUGAGAAACCUAAAUCUAACAGUAAGGACUACUCAGACAUAUUCAUGAAAUACAUAGUUAUGAUGGUCUGAGUAAUACUUAAAUAAAAUAAACAAUAAAAGUAAGCAACAAAAUAAGUGAAAGCAAGGGAGUUCAAGAUCUUCUUUGUUUUGCAGUAUUGAUCUAUCUCUCUAAUCCUAAACUCUCUCCUUUCAAUGGUGGCUUCUUGCUUCUUCCAAAUUAGGUCUAAAAGGUCUCUAGGCAAGUCUGCCUCUAAAAUGAUACAAAACACUAAUAAAUAGCCUAACAGGCGGCCAGGGACUUAAGAUGUAAUUAUUGAAACUUUUGUGAGACUUGAAACUUCUAAUUUGUCAUUAACUCUCGUGUGGCUUCGUCGUCGAUCAAUGAGAAGAGCUCAACAUCGAUCGAUAUUUGUUGGUAACCGUCGGUCGAUAUUUCUUGGUAACCGUCGACCAUCUCCUAUUUCCAGCAAAGCUCAAAAGAUCUCCAAAUAGCUCCAAAUACAUCAUUUUCUUCCAGUUAGUACCUGAACCUGUAAUUACUCUAAAUAGACACUAUAUAAUAGUAAAUAUAUCUUAAAACACGUAUAAACCAUGGCUAAUAAUGGGUAAAAUCCAUGGCCUAUCAAAUGCCUAGAUGAUUUUGCUUCUUGGUCUGGUCUCCACAUGAAUACAACCAAAACUGACAUGUUCACCUCUGGAGUUGCCAAUCUGAAACAGCAGUAAUCAAUAGCUACGGUUUCCCCUCCGGUCAAUUCCCAAUUAGAUACCUUGUCCUACCGCUCAUAGCCAGAAAGCUCAAAAUCUCAGAGUAUGCUCCACUGAUGACCAAGAUCACCGCGCGCUUCUAGUCGUGGUCAGCAAAGCUCAUGUCCUUUGCGGGCAGAUUGCAUCUCCUCAAGACUGUCAUCUUUGGCACAGUCAACUCUGGAUCUUAGCUUUCAUUCUUCCUAAGGGCUGUAUCGAGAACAUUGAAUCGUUAUGCUCCCGGUUCUUGUGGUCAGGAAGUAUAGAAAAUUCAAAAAUUGCUUGGACUACUGUCUGUCUCCCAAAGGAAGAAGGUGGUCUCGGCCUUAGAAGCUUCUCGACAUGGAACCAGGUGCUAUGCUUAAAGUUUAUAUGGACCUUAUUAUCUAAAUCUCCCUCGCUGUGGGUAGACUGGCAUUGGAGCGCUCACCUGAAUGGCCAGUCCUUUUGGAACAUUACAGCUUCAGCUACAGACUCUUUAGCCUGGAGGAAACUACUUGACCUGAGACCGCUCACCCUUCAAUUCAUCAGAACUCGCCUUGGUAACGGACUCGCGACCAGUUUCUGGUAUGAUGUAUGGACUCCAGUGGGCCAGCUCAUAACGCACAUUGGUCCUUCGGGACCUAGAUCCCCUCAAGUCAGGAAGCAAGCUGUAGUGGCAGACGCUAUCAGAAACUCGGUUUGGUCUCUACCACACCCUAGAUCACAACAGGAAGUUGAUUUACAUGCUCACCUUACAACGAUUAACCUUCCCUUAGAUGUUGAUGUUAUUGAUGAAUAUGAAUGGGUUGCUGGUAAUUCCCCUAUACGUGUUUUCAGGUCAUCCACAACCUGGGAAGUGCUUAGACCGCGCAAUGAUAUCCAAGAUUGGGUCGAUGUGGUUUGGUUUAAAGGAGCCAUUCCUAAGCACAGCUUCACAACACUACAAAAAAAGUUGCUAUUCAUAGCACAUUGUUAUAGCACGUUUCACUGAACUGCUGUCGUUGAUGAGUGAAUUUUUUUUCUAGUAUAGGUUAGCAUUAUAUAAAUGCUAUGAUAGAGUUUUUCUAAGCGGGAAGCUAAAAUUAGCUUUUCCACGAAACACUUAGUAAAAAAUAGCUAAUAUUUUCUGUUUUCCCUCUCUCUAAUCGGGGUUCCCUCUCUUCUCUCUCAUUUUCCCCCUUUCUCGACAAAACUCUAAGAGAAAUCAAUCUGGAUUCUCCAUCUCCUUCUCUAUCGUUCUCUCUCUAUUUCCAUCUCUGUCUCGAUUCUCCAUCUCUGGUUCUCCAUCUCCGCCUCGAUUCUCCAUCUCCGCAUCGAUUAUCCAUCUCUGAUUCUCCAUCUCCUCCUCGAUUCUCCAUCUCCCCCUCGAUUCUCCAUCACUCUCCUUCAUCGCCGCUUCUCCCAGCUCCGAUUCAACUCCUGUUCUACAUCUCUUAGGUAUAGGAAGUCACAAUUUCGAUAUCUCUGUCAGUGUUAAGCUGAAAUCGAAGUUUUAUUUUUUUGCUUUAAUUUCUUGGUUGCUUUGAUAUGUUGGUUGCUUUGAUUUCCUGUUUUAUUCCAGUUAUCUUUUUAUUUGGUUGGUAUCGUUUCAUGCUCUGAAUAUUUUUGCUAUAUCAUUACAUCCUCUGACUCUUAUGUGUUAUGUUAUAAGUUCGUUUUGUUACAAAAGGUUUCAACUUAGGUUCGAACACAGCGUUAUGGACAAAGCUUGGGUACAUCUAAACAGAGUUGAUCCUGGAUAUGAGAGAGGGGCUUCAAAGUUUGUCCGGGAUGUGGCUUCAGCAAUGGGAGGGGUUGAUGUUAUUGUAUGUCCGUGUAUUGACUGCCGUAACAUAGUUCGACAUUCAGCAAGUGUGGUACUUGAUCAUCUUGUUACUAGGGUAUGGAGGAGGGUUAUAAGAUGCGGGCUGAUUGGUAUCUACAUGGAGAGUUGAACGCAAAGGUUGCUGAUGAAAGCAAAGGAAGUGAGUGGAACGAUGAGAUCUAUGGGUUGUUCAGAGCUGCUGAGUGUUUUGAUGAAGAGUUAGCUGGUAUGGGGAAUCUAUCUGAUAUGUCAGAGGGAGAGGACAAGAAAGAAGAUGAGUUCUUGGCAAAGCUAGCUGACGCUGAAACACCAUUGUAUCCGAGCUGUUCAAGCCAUAGCAAAUUAUCUUCAAUUGUUUCGUUGUUCAGAUUGAAGACUCAGAAUGGAUGGUCUGACAAGAGCUUCAAUGAUUUGCUAGAGACCUUGCCAGACAUGUUACCUGAAGAAAAUGUCUUGCACACAUCACUCUAUGACGUGAAGAAGUUCUUGAAAUCAUUUGACAUGGGCUACGAGAAGAUCCAUGCUUGUGGCAACGACUGCUGCCUAUUCAGAAAGAGGUUCAAGAAACUCGAUAAGUGUCCUAAAUGCAAGGCUUCAAGGUAAAAGACUAAUGUCCACACGGGUGAGACGAAGAAAGGCGUCCCACAGAAAGUUCUCCGUUACUUCCCUGUAAUACCAAGACUGAAGAGAAUGUUCCGGUCUGAAGAAAUGGCCAAGGAUUUGAGGUGGCACUUUACCAACAAAAGCAGUGAUGGAAAGCUGCGUCAUCCUGUUGAUUCUGUGACAUGGGAUCAUAUGAAUGCCAAAUACCCUACGUUUGCAGAUGAAGCAAGGAACCUGAGGCUGGGACUUUCAACAGAUGGAUUCAAUCCAUUCAACAUGAAGAACUCGAUGUACAGUUGCUGGCCUGUCCUGCUAGUUAACUACAACUUACCUCCAGACCUGUGCAUGAAGAAGGAGAACAUCAUGCUUUCUUUGCUGAUUCCUGGUCCACAUCAGCCUGGUAAUAGCAUAGACGUGUAUUUAGAACCCCUAAUCGACGAUCUUAACACUCUGUGGAGCAUUGGAGAGGUAACAUACGACGCUCUUACUCGAUCAGCUUUUACACUAAAGGCGAUGCUGCUUUGGACAAUCAGCGAUUUACCAGCUUUUGGGAAUCUAGCAGGCUGCAAAGUAAAGGGAAAAAUGGGAUGUCCGUUAUGUGGAAAAAAUACAGAGAGCAUGUGGUUGAAGUUCAGCAGAAAGCAUGUGUAUAUGGGUCAUAGAAAGGGUCUGCCACCAACUCACAGUUUUAGAGGAAAGAAGAAAUGGUUUGAUGGAAAAGUAGAACAAGGGAGAAGGGGAAGAAUACUUACUGGGCGUGAUAUUUCUCAAAAUCUGAGAAAUUUUCACAAUGAUUUUGGAAAUUUUAAACGGUCUGCCAGUAAGAGAAAAAUGAUGCAGGGUUCAACUGAUUUAGGGUCUGAUAUUGAGGGUAUGUCGAGUGAAUCAGAUGAAGAGGAAGAAGUACUAGUAGAUGAGGAUGAGUUAUCUAGAUGGAAGAAGAGGUCAAUAUUCUUCAAGCUACCUUAUUGGGAGGAACUCCCGGUGAGGCACAACUUAGAUGUAAUGCAUGUGGAGAGAAAUGUUGCUGCAAGCUUAGUUUCAACGUUGUUGCACUGUGGGAAAUCUAAGGAUGGUCUUGCCGCUCGUAAGGAUCUGGAGGAGCUUGGUAUUAGGCCGGAUUUGCACCCUAGAGUGCAAGAAAAAAGAACCUAUCUCCCUCCAGCACCGUGGUCUCUGUCCAAGCAAGAAAAGAAGAUAUUUUGCAGGCGUCUAUUUGACUUCAAAGGGCCAGAUGGAUAUUGUUCUAACAUAUCAAGAGGUGUCUCGUUGGAUGACUGUAAAGUCUCUGGUCUGAAAUCACAUGACUACCAUGUUUUGAUGCAACAACUUCUGCCGAUUGCACUUAAAGGGUUGCUGCCAAAAGGACCGAGGCUUGCAAUUUUUAGAUUAUGCUCUUUCUUCAAUCUGUUGUGUCAGAGAGUGAUUGACAUGGAGAAGCUUCUGGUUAUGGAAGCUGAGAUUGUUGAGACUCUUUGCUUGUUUGAAAGAUACUUUCCUCCAAGUUUGUUUGAUAUCAUGCUUCAUUUGACUGUCCAUCUAGGAAGAUAAGCUCGGCUUGGUGGACCAGUCCACUUUAGAUGGAUGUACCCGUUUGAAAGGUACAUGAAAGUCCUCAAAGACUUUGUUAGAAAUCCUGCAAGACCAGAGGGCUGCAUAGCUGAGUGCUACCUUGCUGAGGAAUGUAUCCGGUUUUGCAGUGAGUUCCUGAAGAAAACAACAAAUGUUCAAGAGAAACAGGAUAGAAACACAGAGUAUGAGAACAAUUCUUUCUUAGAGGGUCGUCCAAUAACCACUGCUACUUCAGUAACUCUCACUGAAACGGAAAAGAGGAUUGCUCAUCUUGCUAUCAUCCAAAACAUGGCUCUGGUUGAACCUUAUGUAGAUGAGCAUCUACAAUAUUUACAAGACACAGAUGGAAGGUGUCGGCGAGAUGCAUCAACGUUAUGGAGUAUGCAUACUAAGAAUUUUGCUUCCUGGCUAAAAGAGAAGGUGCCUCUUGAUUCUGCAGAACAUGACGACACACUUAAGUGGAUAGCUUAUGGUCCACGUUGUUCUGCGAGAUCAUAUACAGGAUUCAUUGUUAAUGGGCAGAGGUUUCACACAGUUUCAGUUGAUAGGAAAAGUCAGAAUAGUGGGGUCUAUUAUGAGGCUACAGCAGUGUGUAGAGCUAGUGCAAAAGAUACAUCACAGGUGGUAGAUUCCUACCUGGAGGACUGCUUACAUUCUUUUAUGUCAUGGCCUGCUAGCAAAGUUGUCUUUGACAAUCCACCAGAAGCAACAAGAGAACAAUCUCCUACGGGUAUGAAAGUUACAUCGGUUGGUUAUAAGUCGCCUACUGAUACAAGUGGUAGAAAAGGUGCAAAAUCAGGAGCAACAACAUCAAUUCAUACUGAGGAGUCUCCUGCAAUUGAUCAGUGUCAGCUUAAGCAUGGAUCUCAGACAAUGAAACAGAAUCAGAAGUGCAAAUUGAUGGACAUUGGUGAGAGGAAACAAGUUGUUGCUGAAGGUCGUAUCCAUUCAACAGACCCAACUCAACUGGUCCACUUUGUGCGCUUGGGUCCGAAAGCAGCUAGAGUGUGGGUAGAUGCAGUGCUCGUAGAUGAUGCAGAAGUUUGGAGGAAAUCAGAUGAAAUAGAGAGUUUGAAAGAUGCACACGGUUCAUCAAUUGCAUGGCCAAUUGAUAAAUUGGUCAUAUUUUAAGCUGCUGUAAGUAUUCUGUUUUGUGUGUUUAAACCUGCAUAUGUAAUUGCAUAACUGAUCAGAGUUUUCAUUGUUGCAGCAGCUGAGGGAAUGAAGAACUUAGGUCCAGAUUUAGCUAGUGUUUAAGCUAGGCUAAUGAACUUGAUGUAUGAUAUUAUUGCUUAUGACUUUGGUUUGUGUUUUAGAACUGCAUCAGUAACACUUAUGUGUAAUGACUUAUGUAUGUCAAACUUAUUUUAUGAAA